AUGCGUGCACAUACUUUCGACAAACACCGCGGCGACCUAGAGAGCUGCAUUAUCACAUCCCGAUGUCAUGAUGGUACGCUUAGAAAUUGGAUCCUACUUGCGACUCGUGUGAAACACACUAAAAGUCUCACACUAAACAACAUUCAUGGUCGUAAGAGACGUUUCCGAGGAACUCGUAUGCUCCACGUGUCCUCACAAAUAUUCUCCCAUCAUAGCCUCACUUCACUGUCACUUAGUGGAUACAGUCUACUAAGUAAACGUCCCUUCAAUAAUUGUGGGAAUCUCAAGACACUCAAGCUUUUAAACGUGGUCUUCGUUCGAGUUUGUACCCUUAGCAGCGUUUUGGCAGCUUGUUCUUCCCUCGAGGUGAUUGUGUUGCAAAUCGGUUUCUUAACCGGGAUUGAUGUGUUGAAGAUCGAGAACAAAAAUUUGAAGUUCUUGCAAAUGACUUUCCCUUGCUAUGUUGAGAGGAUCGAAGUGAAUGCACCCUGUCUAGAUGUUCUAGACAUAAGGGAAAUCAAAUGUGAGAACAAGAAUAACUUCAUCAUCACUGCUCCUAUCAACCAGUUUAACAGAAACCGUUGGGUUUCUAGGUGUGUUUAUCGUCCUCACAUCAGCUAUGAUGUAUCAGAACUUGCUCAGGAGACAAAAAACAUAUGGCAUGAGCUCCUGAUGAGUGACUUUCAUGGUAUGACGACAAGGCAUGGAACUUUAUCGGUGAGUGUAGACAUAACUAAUCCUAAAGAAGUGGAGAUAUUGAAGGAACUUUUGCUUAUGUGGACUACUUACACAAUGAUAGAGCUUGAGAUCUUGUUCAAGACCAAUAAUGCUUCUAGAGAAGAAGAAGGUGAAUGUUAUAGUGACGGCAUAGCACAUGAGAAGUUGUGGGAGGAUGCAACACCGUUCCCUAACGCUGGUUUUCGCGUUAAUAGUGUGUGGAUGUAUAACUUCAAUGGUUCGAGUAAGGAAGGAUUUGCGUUUGCUUCACGUUUCGUGAUGCAAAAGACAGUGAUGAUGAAGAUGAUGAUCCAGACCUCGUCGUAUCCACCGACGAAGAAGUCAGAGGUAGAAGCAGCUGUGGCAAAACUAAUGGAACUUCCUAAAGGUAACGAAGAUCUUAGUAUUGAGUGCUUUUGAUGAAAGUUUGGUUCCAAUCUAUCCAUUGCUAGUAUAAACUAUGAUACUAGUCUUUUCUCUGUUAAUGUAAGGAUAAUAUGGUUUUGGAUUUUCGAUUACUGUUUUGGGAAUUUACAUGACA